AUGCCCUUCAGCCACCUAGAAUACACCCUUGCCUUUUUGACCGUGGCAGCUAUCGCGUUGCUCAGCCGAAGACGUUUCAAAGCUUCAUCUCGUGUGUCUAGUCUUCCAUUGCCUCCCGGCCCUCCAUGUUGGCCAAUCAUCGGCAGUUUCUUCUCCUUGCCGGAUGCAACGGAGCCGAUUUGGAUUUGGUUCACCCGAUGGGCUAACAAGACAAAAAGCGACACUAUCCAUUUCCGAGUACUAGGUACCGAUACGGUCGUCCUCAACACCCGUGAGGCCGCUUUGGAAUUACUUGAGAAAAGGUCGAAUAAAUAUAGCGACCGACCCAGUAUGGUGAUGCUCAAGGAUCUGGUAGGGUGGAGACAAUUGUUGGGAAUGUCCGACUAUUCCGAACGGACAAGGGUUAUUCGCAGAUACAUGCACAACAGUAUGAGUUCUAAAAAAAUCCUGGAUUGGGAACCUCAACAAGAAAAGGAGGCGUAUCGGUUUCUUCAAAAGCUGUUAUUGUCGCCUGAGAACUUCUUGGCUCAUAUCAGACACACCGCGGGAGCGUCGGUUGUGCGGUUAACAUAUGGAUAUAUCCCAAAAGAUGAAGAUGACGAAUAUAUCGAAAAGGCUGAACACGUCAUGGACGUAUUUUCCUUGGCAUCAACCCCGGGAACAUUCAUGGUCGAUGUUUUCCCCAUACUAAGAUAUGUCCCAUGGGCCCCAUUCAAACGUACUGCUAUGAGAUGGCGUCAAGAGCUAUCAGAGCUUAUCGACCUUCCAAUGGAAUUUGUGUACAAACAAAUGCAGGACGAUCUUGCAGAGUCGUCCUUUGUUUCCCAGUGGCUCGAAGAAUCGGGCCACGAGAACGACAAAAGAUUUAUUCCGGCUGCCGCUACUUCUUUAUAUGCGGGUGGAGCUGAUACGACCGUCUCAGCCAUCUCCACGUUCUUCGUGGCUAUGCUUCAUUACCCGGAAGCACAAAGACUAGCACAAAAAGAAAUUGAAGAAACUCUUGGAAAAGAUAUAUUACCCACAUUCAAAGACCGAGCUUCACUCCCGUAUGUCGAAGCCCUAUUCAAGGAAGUUAUGCGAUGGAAGCCCAUAGCACCAAUUGGUAUCCCACAUCGGCUUGGCUCACAAACAGACGACGAGUACGAAGGAUUGCGUAUCCCAGCAAAUUCGACAGUUAUUGCGAAUAUCUGGAACAUGCUUCGUGAUCCAAAUGUUUACCAGAAUCCCGAAAAUUUUGAUCCAUCACGCUUUUUCCGGGAAAACCCAGAACCGGAUCCAGAAGAAGUUGUCUUUGGGUUUGGUCGUCGUCGUUGUCCUGGAAUAGCCGUUGCCCGUUCAUCCGUCUGGUUGUCAAUAGCGCUCACACUGGCUGCGUACAAGAUAACUGCGCCUAUUGGAACGGAUGGGAACUCUGUGUUUCCUUCUCUAGAGUACUGCAAUGGGACCGUGAGCCACCCCAGACCGUUCCAAUGCAAUGUCAAACCAAGGUCAGAAAGGAUAAAACAAAUUAUUCGGGAUACAAUGUUCUAG